UAUUAUGUUAAUGCAAAUGUGGUAUGAAUAUAACUUUAUUUACAAAAGUAACUUGCAUAAAUGAAUAGUUUCAAAUAAGAGCUGUUUGAAAACACCAAAGAAACAAAACAUGGAUUAUAAUUUAUCUUUACACCCAGAUCUUAUUGAUGACAUGAUUGAAGAAUUGUUUGAGAUUGACAUCAUUAGUCAAGAUCAAAUUAAAAAGUUAAAAUGUUAUGAUAAACCCACUCAUGUUGAUCCAAACAUUUUAAUGGAAGUAAGACAUAAAGAGGUGAAGAAAGAAUCUCUGGUUGAUAUUAGUAACGAGAAGAGUAUUCAAGAUGAAACUAAAGUGAAGAAAGUGAACAUUCAUCAAGAUCCUAGUAUAAAAGUGAAAGAUUUAAAGACUAUCGACAAGGAAAUUUCUAAUACCAGAAAGUGCUUAGAAGAUUUCAAAAAGAAACUUGAACAGAAAAAUGAAGAUUUACAACAUUCAAUUCUAGACUUAGAAAAGGAAGAAAAAAAUAAUGGUUUUGAUGAAUGUUCAGACAAAAAAGAACACUAUUAUUCUUCUGUCGUAGAAAAACUGAAUAGAGAGGAAAAUGUGAAAUUUUUCAAUUUACAUCUUGAUUGCCUUGAAGAUGCCAUUCAGAAGAGCCAUCCAGUAGAUAGUGUGGAAGCCUGGAUACCUGUUGAAGUGAAAUCGCCAGUGAAAAACUAA